UAAUUAUUUGUGGUCAUAGAAGCUACCCAAAUUACAGUCCAAAUGUGCGAUUAGGUUUUCUGUAGUUUCAGCGCGCAUUACGGAAUUUCCCGUAUUUGAAUUUUUCCUCUUUAUCUCUACCAAACCCAAACCCUACAUCCAAAUUCAAUUAAUCCUUUCAUGGCGCAAUCUCGAAGAACAACUGAAAUCGUACUGCCAAACGAGGUGAUCAUCGAAAUCCUCACCUGGCUCCCAGUAAAAUCUCUCUUGAAAUUCAAAUGCGUCUGCAGAUCAUGGCGAGCCCUAAUUUCCAGCCAACGCUUCAUCAAAGCCCACCUCCACAACUCAAAAUUAGCCCCAAAUUUAGCUCACGAUAUGCUCGCUUUUGCCUGUCGUCCAGGUAAUUUUAGGCAGUGUUCGGUUAAUUCCAUGCUGUAUGAAUCUGUUUCUCAAGUAUCCGAUUUGAGUUAUCCAUUUGAAUUAGUAGAGAAUUAUCGGGUGAUGGGUACGUGUAAUGGUUUACUACUAGUGAGGUUAAAUUACACAGAGGUCAUUUUGUGGAACCCAUCUACGAGAACUUGCAAAAAGCUGCCUCAUUUCGGCGUGGAAUUAGCUGAGGAUGAUCUUCUUGGUGACUUUGGUUUAGGUUAUGAUAAAUCGAAAGAUGACUAUAAAGUGGUGGGGUUUUUCGAUACCUCUUCAGGUUUGUCUGAUGUGAUAAUAGCAGUUUAUAGUUUGAGGAAUGAUGAGUGGAAGAGGAUCAAGAAUAUAAAUUGUCGUGACGUGUUUCCAGGGUGUUCUGCAUUUGCAAAUGGGAAGCUGUAUUAUUUUACUAAGCCAGAAUAUGGAUCCGAUUGGGAAAUUCUCUCCAUUGAUUUGGAGAAGGAGGAGUAUGAGAUACUGCAAAUGCCAAGCAAUGUGAAGCUUGAUGAUGAUUCAUGUAUGGCAGUGUCUGAGGGGUCACUGUUCUUGCUCUGGCCUCAUCCGACUUUUGCAGCUGCAGAUGUGUGGAUGUUGGAUGGUUGUAGUGUGGGAAUCAAGAAUUGGACUAAGGUCGUUUCUAUUCCCUGUCGCUAUGAUAAUGGUGUGAUGUAUACUCAUUUCACACAGUUAUUGUAUGUGCUGAAGAAUGGCCUGGUCAUGUUCCGUAAUGGUAGGACUUUUGUGGUGUACGAUGCAAAGGAUGGCUCGUUUAGAUAUCCUCGGAUUAGAGACAUGGGUGAAUGUCGUUCUUUUGGAGUCCAUACUUAUGUUGAAAGUUUAGUUUCACCUGUGGGAUGAUGUUGUGAUACUGAAUGAAGAAGGUGCAUUCUGUGUUUGUGAUUGCUAAUUUUCGGUGGUGGAACUAUAUCUUUUGUAUUGGCGUGGUGACGGAGAAAUCUAUGAUCUAUCAUUUGAGAUUUGGUAGCUAUAGCGAAUGGCCUUCUCUCAGACUGGUGUGAAGCUGUUUAGUUUCUGUUUCUUUUUGCUUUCCUUCGUCAAAUUUGUGUGUUUUUAUUAAGUUCUGGGAUAGUGCAAUUGUGAGGGAGAUAUUGUUAGCGAGGGUGUUUUACUGAUUUUCACAUAAAGAAGAAUUUGUAAGAGAUGUUUUGAUA